AUGAUACUCAGGUUACUGCUUUACUUGGUACCGCUGUUUCGAAUGUCACUGCAGGAUCAAAAAGGCUGCAAUACUCGGGUGGAUAUUCUCGAUGGAGCCAAUCUUGUGGAGGCGGUAGCCAUCUAUUUGACGGAUACUACGAUGGCCAAAAAUGCAGCACAGUGUGCUACUCAUUGUCACCGGAAGAAAUGUGAUGUUGCUUACUUCAAUCGUCAAACAAGUAAAUGUCAGUUCACAUCGGAUACUAGUUCUUCCGCACCACUUCCUUGUAAAGACGUUUAUGCUGUCCAAAUAAAGGAAGGAAUAGCUGAGCUGGAUCAAGUUCAGAGAUUUUGCAUGCGAUGUGGAAGUAAUAAAAUCAACGGAGGUUCCUCGAUUGAUAAAAGGCACCCUCUCAAAUUUGUACAUUCUGCCAGAGGAGAAGGCCAAGCAAAGACGUUUCGAUUGGUAGACAAUGCCUCACAACGAUAUUUCCCUCGACGUCCUAACGACAUAGUUCGUCAAAAGGUUUGCUGUAAUUCGUUAAUCGCUGGAUGA